AUGUAUUCAUUGCUGUACAUUCUACUGCUUCUAGUGGCUGUGGUCACGACCGUCUUUGCAGCCUUGGGUGACGUGCUAUUGACGUACUUGUUACGCACGUAUGCAGUGUCGAUUGUGGGCUCAAAGUUCACAAUUACCUGGUCUUUUCGUAAUGGUUCAUUGGAAUUGCGUGACAUGGUGGCGGACAAGAAGAUGUUGCCAAACUUGGAGGCACUGGCGGGGCUUCCCAUUGGACUUGAACGCCUCGAGAUGCAGCAAUUGGUGCUUGUUAUACCGCUCUGGGGGCGUCUAGUACGUCUUGUAAGUGGUCCUUCUGUCGUAGAUGUAAAACAACGCUCGUUUUUGGAUUCCAAGCUGAUGAUUAGCGGUGUACGCCUUGGAUUAACUCUUGACGCUGCGGAGAAAUGGAUGUGGCACCGCGACGAAAACGUGGCACGCCGCAAGGAGGCAUUGAAGCAAGCCGCUAAGGCGCGGUUGCAGCGUGUGAAUGCCUGGACAGCUACGGUCGUGCAGAAACUCAAGGACCUUGCGAGUUUGCGUGAGGAAAUCUGCAAGACAGAGGAGCCAAAAGUUGAGACGAAUGAGAACAAGGCACCGCUUAAGCCUGCUUUCUGGCACUUGUGGAUUGACGAGCUGCUCGACUCGUUUAAGUAUGUGAUGAACUCGUUUUCGCUUUUGAUUCGCGACGAGUACUCAGGAGCUACUGUGGGCAUUGUACUGGAUCAGUUUGAGAUGGGUCGUAGUGGCCCUUGUAAAGACGACCGACGUAAGCGCACAAUGCGACUGGUAAACUACAAAAUGUUUCUGAACUCGAAGCCUGGCAGCAGCGCGGACGUCUGCCACUUGAUCACUCCACUUACCAUAGAGAUCGGCGUUUUUAUGCCCUUUAUCUUCCAGUCACUCAUUAUGAGAAAGGGCACAGACAUGCGCGCGCUGGAGCUGCAGAUCUUUGUUUCAAGCGGACACGAGCUUGGGGUUGAGCUGCGUCCCGCGCAGGCUGGUAUGCUCUUGAAGCUUCUUCAGCCAAUUAAUUAUUACUAUGAUUGGCAAACGGCAGCGUCCAUUGAAGAUGAUCUUGCCUGCGUGCAGCUUACUUAUGGAGAUUCAAACGAAUACAUGUUGUUGUUCAAACAACAGUGGAAGUUAGACGAAGAGAUGGGCUUUAUGCUUCGGUUGUAUGAGGGUUUCAAGCAAAAAGAGGUCAUUUCUAAACGAAAAGAUCGACUGGAUGAACUCGAACGAAAAGUGCUUGCUUCCCGGCUCCUUUAUUUGCGCUCGCUGGCGCUGGGCUUGGAAGUUCCGAAUGCAGGAACACCGCUACCACAUGUCAAUGAAGAAGACGUGGAAAGGGGAAAUUUGCGCAAGUUCGUGGAUUAUCCGAUUGAUCACUACUACGUGAAUAAGGAAAAGAUACGAGAGAAACCACCUGUGUUUCAUGUAUUCAAACUAUCGUUUCAAAUGGCGAGAAUGAAUAUGUGUCUGAUUGAGGAUAAUGAGAAGAAGCUGAUGACAUUUUUUGUGCAUGAGAUGGGUUUCGAGCUGCGCUAUCAGCUGACAAAGGUUGCUAAAAAGAACACGGCUGUCGAAAUUGCGCUGGAUGUCAUGCGCUUUGGGCUGCUGGACAACCGCGGUGCACGAACUAAUGCGUUCCAUCAGAUUAUGGACCGCAAUCCUGGGGUGGAACAUAUGAUGACAAUUGCUAUCACGCAGCGUGGAGACGGCUACAUGAAUGUCGGAGUGACCUUCAAGCACUUCUCGUUGUUAAUUGUGUUUGAUCCGCUAUUGUGUGUUUUGCACAAAUUCUUGCCCGCGUGUAGUGAAGAUGAGAAAGAAGAACUGCGUUUCAUUGCAUGCGAGAAGUCGAACAGUUUUGACUCUCCAGAGCAGCGAGAUGCCGCGAAGCACCUUUACGUGGAAGAUUUGCCAAAGCCAUACUCACCUUUGAUUCUCGGCGGGAUAUCACUUGGCUGUAGUAUCGUGUUAGAGGGCUGCGAGUUUUGUCUCAUUGGAGAUUCCAAGACAUUAAAAUCUCCUGUCUUGGCUUUCACUUCGGACACCAAGCUUCAAAUCGUUAGCUCAGAGCGCUCGGAAGCCGUAGAGUUGGAGCUGGUUGACGUAGCACUGACCCCUUGUACAAUCGUCUUGCGCGAUGAUGGCAUUGAGCUUGAUAUUGGAGACGUUCGGACCAUCCUGGAACUUGAAGGUGAAGGUGUCGAUUUUUCGAUGGGUUACAGACUUUCAGUAGGUGAUCAGCCUCGAAAGUCGUCAAAGUCCAGUAACAGGGCAUUGGACAGUACAAGAAAGUCCGCGGCAAACUUGUGGAAUGUUGCUCGAAGAGCUGCAGCGACGCAACAAAUUAUUGAGGUUGAUCACCCCGAGGUUGAAGAAGUUGAAAAACGAUUGAUAGCCUCUCACCGCAAAGAUCGCAUAAAAGCUGGCGGACGUCGUAAGCUGACGAUGCAAAUGUCGGACUUUGCAAUGAAUUUGUCUGCGAAUGAUUUGGGCGUGUUACUCAGUGUCUUAGCAUCACUGAAUGAAUCCAUGCAUGAAGAUCUUGAAGUUUUAAAAAAGCGGGAGGAACGCAAAGCCCGAAUGAGGAAAGCGAGGCGCGAGGUUGGAGAAAAGCGUUACAUGGAUCGUCUUAAAGCUGAGUUCAAGCUGCGUGACUUAGAUGGUGGAGGCUCGCUGGACGUAGCAGAAAUUCGGGACCUUUUACGAAGUGCGACAGACUGCGACAAUUUGACUAAGGCGGAGUUCGAUGCGACUGUGGCAGACUUUGUUAGCAUUGUGGACAGUGAUGGAAGCGGUGAUAUCUCAUUGGAAGAAUUUGAGAGAGCGCUUAGUCGAGACACGACCUUAUACACGCGGCUGCAUUGCCAUGUAGUGGCCAUUACUGGCCAGGAAUAUGUUGACCCAGACAUGCAGCGAAACAAGGUGCCGUAUAUCACUGGUGAAAGUGCCAACACUUUGGCCAAUGCAGCAGCGCUUGCUUCUUUUUGGGAGCGAUAUGAAGAACAAGUCGGCGCAUCAAACACGUCUUUGAAUGGUCAAAAACCGGUCGUCGUUCAGAAAAAAAUGGUCCGAACGUUCAAGAACUAUGAAUAUGCUCAGGAAGCGUGGAAUCGAAUUGUGAACCCGUCACUGGUAAAACCUGGGGAGCAGAGUUGCUGGUUACUGAGCAAAGAGAUGGAGAUGGGCGGUCGUGGAGAUGUAAUCGAUCAGUUGUUGUCCAGUCUAAAGGAUGAUGCUAUUGAUCCAGCUUCUAUUAACCCUGGUACUGUAGUUGAGCAGCAGCUUUUUAUACAGACGGUUGUUUCGACUUCUUUUGGCGGUUUUUAUUUGCGUUUGAUUGAUGAAAUGCUACCGAUGGGACUUCCGGCGGUUGAGACGUCGUUGGAGGAAUUGGGGAUUUAUGCAAACUUUUUGGUUUGGGAGGGCAAUCCGCUGGCUGCUACUGACGUCAAAGCACAGAAGCGGUCCACAAACAAUUUUGGCGUCGUAAAAGUCAGCUUCGACGUAUAUGGCAACUACUACAACACAAAGUCACAUCAGACCGAGCCUUUUAUCGAGUUUUACCAAGGCAUUCUUGAUAUUAAGAAAGAACCUGACUGUCCGUUGGAAGUGAUUUACUCUUCAGAUCGCUAUUUUCAGCUAAACGUCACAUCAGCGCUUAUGGAAACGGUGAAUUCGAACAUGGCCGCAUUCUCUCAUGUUGAGCAUCGUGCGGAAGCUGUGCGUCCUCAUAUCAAAGAGCUUGGUGGAAUUUUUUGGAUGCUGAAUGAAAGCGGCGUAAACAUUAAGUACUAUAUGGUCGCAAAAAAGCGAUCGACGGAGCAUGUGCGGGAAGAAAUUGUGACAGCAGUCACUGCUGUCUCUACCGGUGAAGCGCAUCCUUGUAUGCUACUGGAUGAUAGUGAAGCUGAAGAGUUUGAGCAGCAAAGGUUGAAGGAAAAACAGCUAAGACAAGCCUUUCGAGAUGCUGAUCAGGAUGGAAGUGGCGAGUUGGACACUGAAGAAGUCCGCGUGGUACUCCGGAGCGUGUAUAAAGAGGAAGACAAGCAGCGUAAGACAUCAGGCACUAGGAGAUCAUCGAUAUACACGCGUAGUAGUAGCAUUUUGGAGAAUGAAGCUGACUUUUCCCGGGCUGUGGAAGACUUUAUCGCACUGGCAGACACGGACAAGUCUGGACAAGUGUCUUGGGAAGAAUUUAAAAUUGCGAUUGUCAAGUCGCGGGCUACGGUUGAUCGCUACAUUUCAGUGGAGAUUGAAGGAUUCCGAACGAUUCAUGGCGUGCGAUUGAUGGCAUUGGGCCAAACUCAAGUGUACGAGCUGACUCCUCUUUUUGAAGAUGUAGAAUCGGAGACGUCAAUAGCAGAGCUUUAUGACCUCGGUGUGGCUUUGCUGACAAAGGUAGAGGGCUCGACGCGCCAAGAGCUACAGAAAGCGUAUGCUUGCUUGCACCGCGUAAAGGAGAUGGACCCAAACUACGAGUGGAUUGAUUCUUACUACGGUAUCUGUGUACGACAGUACCUUCCUGUUUUGGCUGCCUUUUAUGUCUCUGUUGAUGGGUUUUACGGCCUGCAAGUGAAGGUGUCUGGAGCUGAAUAUGUAUGCAAUGGAACUGCUAAGGAUACGGAACUGUUAAUGUAUGACGAGCUAGGACAGAUUGCACGUUGCAACCCAGAACAGCACGAUGGGGAUGAGCAUUUCUUUGUGUUACCGGCUCUCGGCACAAUCAGUAUUCCUUUAGAUUUAGUUGGCGUUGGUUCUUUCGCUAUUCGUCAAAUUGGUGAAUGUGAGUGGAGCAACACGCUUGAUCUUUCUGUGGCAGAGCAGCGGUUGUACAAGCGGAUGACAAGAUUUGAGCAGUUCGAGGCCCAGAAAGCCCUACGUGGAGAAGACAACAACUCGGUCUCCUCCGCGAAGCGCGUGAAAGAGAAGCUGGGGACGAAUGCUGUUCUCCCCGACACGAACGAGAUCGCACCUACUGGUAAAGAAGUUGUAUAUCCAUCAUCAAGUUGCAUCGAUAAUCAGCCUACGGUUGUGGUGGAGAAGAUUUCUGCCAACGAUACUAAAGCUCGGUACCUGCCAGAUGAUUGUCCACCUGACACCCUUACCAGUAAAGGAGAGUUCCGUAUUGUAGACAACAUUGGAAAGGACAAGAAGUGUCGAGCGGUGAAAACACUUGGCCAGAUCGACUACUUCAAUUUUGUUGACGAAGUGAAUAGCCGCAAAAUGUACGUUGAAAGUGGCAAGGCUAUUCAGGUUUUUGGUUUAAACUUGAGCAAACCCGCCUUGAUGAUUAUGCGCCUUUGCGCAAGUGAGAUCAGCCGUUCUCCAACAUGGAGUGCGCCGUUCUUAGUGCACCUUGAGGAAUCACGCGAAAUAUUUAACGCAGACGCGUUCGAGUUGAUAUUUGAUGACGGUCCAAGUUUUGUUUUCCAUCCUCAGUGGGAGGAAAAUGCUGCUCGCACAGUAUAUUUCUACUCGCCAUUCUGGAUUCAAAACCGAAGUGGUUUGGACCUACGUUUGAAGUUGUCUCGUGGCCGCGUUUGCACUAUAGAGGAGCAUCGUGCAUUUUUCUCCGAUGCUAAGGAAAUUCCUCUGUUAGCUACUGCUCCGUUAGACAAAGCCUUUGUUAGCUUCCGUCCUUUUCAAGAAACACCAUGCAUCUACGAAGGUCAAUCUUUGGUAUCCGAAAAGACAAAGAAAUACUUGCCGAAUUUUAACAAGUUAGGGUGGUCAGAUCCCGAAGAUAUGACAACCGUAAGCAAGAAAGGAGAGCUGCGGCCAAGUGGAGCCGGCAACUACUCCUUUGUGCUCGCAUUUGAAAUUCGCGCUGCACCAGCACAAUUUUAUCGGUCGAAAAUUUUUGUGAUCUCGCCACGAUUUGUGUUUUUGAAUCACGUUCCGCGGCCACUGCAAAUUACUCCGAUAUUACUUGACAAAAAAGGAAAUCGUGGAAGAGUUCGUUCAAACCAAUCCAAUUGCACUUUAAGAGAAGGUGAGGCAGCUGUGGUGUAUCGCCUGAGAGGCCCCGAAAAGUACGUUGCAAGUUUUCGUGUUCGUGAUAUGGCUACAAACCACCAAAAUGUGGGUGAGUGGAGUCCAAACAUACCACUGUUUAAGUUAUCUUCGAAAUUCAGUGAUCCGAACGUGGCAUCUAAUAUGUCGGAGGAGACCGAAUUUUGGACACGUGGAAGCUUGGGCGAUGGACCUGUCUGCAGCGUGACUGUACACGAUGUGGCUGAGACUAUUUUCGUAACCGUUAGUGAUAUUUCUGCCGACCCGAAUUAUCGUAUUGAGAAUCGCUCAACGCGUUACUCGUUCCGGUAUGUGCAGCAUGGUGUGAAGACUGCUGAAGAAAUUGUUUUGGGCCCUCUAGAGAGUCACUCGUUUGCGUGGGAGGAUCCGAAGGGAGAACUGAAGCUACGUGUAACAGCAACGCAUUGGAAGGUACCGGCCGUGGUUGACUUUAUGCAGAUUUGUGAGAUAAAGAAUACACCCCAGGGCAUGUACGGUGAGGUAUACAUUGAUCGCUCUACCCGAGUGUUUGCUAUGGGUGACGUUAGAGUGUUUUCCGAUGCUCGACAGCGUGCGACUGCAAGUGAUUGGCUUAGCAAUACGGUGAUUGAUGUUUCAAUGCACGGAGUUGGAAUUACGCUGGUGGAUGAGCAACCGCAGGAGAUUUUGAACAUUACCAUGGAAACGAUUCGAUUCGAUUCGAAGGCAGGGUCGCGUCGUGUUUCUUUGCUGGUCCACCAUGUUCAAUUUGACGAUAUGACGCCGCAUUCCUCAUACCCCGUCGUGUUUGCUCCUAAAGAUAGUGGCUUUAAUAGCGACAAGCGUGAGGGUUGGCUUCCAGGAGACGGCGAGAGACCGUUCUUUGUGCUGAGCUGUGAAACUCUUCCGCAAAGUGGCAUAGUUAUUGUCAAUGAUUUCGACUUGCAGCUUGGGUCGAUGGAGGUCAAACUAAAUUUGGAGUACUUGCUUGGGCUAGGUAACCUUUUUUUCCACUUCAUUCCGGGUAGUGAUGAAGCUACAAUUCUAGAGCAAGGCCUUGAGGCCAAGAAUGAGAUGCUCGUGUUGAAUAUUCCGUUUCCGAAUGGCUCUGUCUCCGCUGAAGACAAAGGCGAAGGCAUUUCUGCAAUUUUGGGCAAUACCAUGGGUAGUAUUGUUGGUGGAAUUGCACACGUGACGCCCGAGUUCCACUUUGGCGAGAUUGUCUACUAUAAUCGUUUCUUUUACGAGUACGACUUAAUGUAUGAUGUUGUACUGAAGAUUGUCCACUCGGUAAUUGGCCAGUGGUACAAAAUUGUCGGUAGUGUGGAAAUGCUAGGUGAUCCCGUUGGCCUUGCCACCGAUAUUGUAGAUGGUUUUGCGUUAGCAGCACGUCAACUUAAGCGCGAUGUAAAGGGAAGAAGCCGUCGAAAGGGCCAAAGCGCCCUGACUGUUGUUCAAACUGUGUUUGGUGUGCCCUUGAGGUCCAUCGGAAAAGUGUCAAAUGGCCUUGGUGACGUGGUGAAGAAAGUGACGUAUUUUGAGAGCCAGGAAGACUCGAACGAACCGCGUCAUAUUCCUGAAGGUUUUGUGCAGAGUGGUAAGGUGCUUGGUAAAAGCAUUGCGUAUGGUGUAACAGGUUUUGUCAAGGAGCCGGUCCGUGGUGCCAAGAGCGGAGGCGUCAAGGGUUUUGCAAAAGGUGUUGGUCGUGGAACGUUGCAACUAUUUGCAUGUCCUGUUGUCGGCACACUCGGCGUCGUCGAAAAGAUGUCACAGUCAGUAAGCAACACCACACACCUGAUGGAUGAAAAGCGUUUUGAGGGCACCCGCCGACCGGCGAGAAACCUUACGACAGGGUCACUAAAGCAGCUUUGCGACUCAAACGUGAUUACCGAAGUGGAGGUGCACUGUUUGUAUGUUGAUGGAUUACCUCCGAAUGUAAACCCAAAGGUGAUCGUUCGCGUUUAUUGUCAGACGGACGGAUUUCCUGCGAGGGAACUUGGUGAGUACAAAUCAUCCGCAGCGAGACACACCGACACACCAAAGUAUGAUCAGUCGUGGCUGAUCAGUGUAUCAUCUCCUGACACGUUUAUCGAGGUUAAUGUCUAUCAUAAUCGGAAGCCACUGCCCAAGAAACGUCUUGGGUUUGUUCGUUUUUCCUUGGAAGACAUUUACCGUGAUUUCGAGUCAGUUCCCGCGAAGAUUUUGUCCGAUACGAAUGCCAAAAUGCAGCUCAAGCGCCGUAAACGUGUCCGCGGAAGUAUCAUUAGCAAAUUGGCUGCAGCUAAUGAACACCCGGUAGAGGUGCGUGACGAGUCAUGGCGCCAAUGGAUUCACCGUCCAGUUAAGUUAGGCAGCAGCAUUUUGUCCGAGGACGAGAGUGAAGAAUUUGCAGACUAUGACCAAGAGGUGAGCGUGCUUAGUGGAAGCUCCAUUUGUCUUGAUGGGACUUUUCCGCCUUCACCGGUUGGUAUACCUCUUCAAGAGUGUGAAUCAGAAGCUAAGAUAUAUCUCAGCAUUCGUUAUGUGAACGAUUUGCGACGAUAUACUUAA